GGGAGGCUCGACGCUCUGAAAGUACUCCGACUAAGGCCAAGUGGUUUCCUUCCUCGGGCAUAAGCUCGAUAUCAGUGACCGCGAGCACGAGGCACCUGUCGCGCGGACUCGAGAGUUCUCUCGGGUUUUAAAUUCGGCUCCGAAAGUCGGAGCCAGGCGGCAAGAUUUCCCCCUGACGACCGACGCCCGGACCAGCACCCAUGAAGAUCCCUACGACCUUGUUUCUCCUCGUGGUGGUCGGGUGCACAUGGCGGGAGACUGUAGGCACUUGUGUCCUGGAAUCGGAUUUUGGUUUCAUGCUUAACUGCGCCUUCAAAAAAUCCGGCCUCUUCCGAGUUCGAAACCUCGGGGGCGUCAAAGGCUACGUCGGCCUCGGAUUCUCCAUCGGGGAUGAGCUGGGAUUCCGAGACUCCUUGUCCAACCUAGAGAGCAGCAAGAGGAGGAGCGUCCAAGUGGGAAGAGGGAACGCGGUUCCCGUAGGAUCUCCCAUAGUCGCAAACCGGAAUGAUCCCCGACAGAUUCCACAGAGCACCCGAGUGGUUCCACCUUUCAAGCCUUUGCCACCGGGUGCAGCUCGUCCCAUGGCCCAGCAACCGGAACGUCAGCGAUUGGUGGUGCAACAAAAUCUGACUGCCCUGAAGACGAUGCCUGCACCUUCCUUGGUAGCGAUGCAAGAGGAGGCUUUCAGGCAGCAUCAGCGACUGCAGCAGGAGGAGAAGAUGCGGCUCCAGCAGCAUCAGCAGUUGCAGCAGCAACAUCAGCUGUUGCAACACCAACAGAUCCAGCAGCAGCAGUUACAGCAGCAGCAACAGCAGAGGCUGCAGCAGGAGGCGCUGGCCAUGCAGGUGCUGAAGCAACAGCAAAUGCAGCAGCAAGAGGCCAUGCGGCAACAGCAAAUGCAGAAACUCGCCCAGCAACAGCAGGCUGCUAUGAGGGUGCAGGGCUUGGCGCCGGCGACUUCCGGAAGGCUUCCGAACAUCAUCAUGGCUGUUGGACCUGGAAACAACGCGGUUGCUCAAAAUGUCGUUGCUCAAGUCCCAAAACCGGGGUCCGGAGUCGUCGCCGGGGAAAAUGGCUUACCUCCUUUCGUAGCGAUGCCGAAGUCCUCCGCUCAACUUACCGACAGAAUCAGCAACAGUCCGACUUUGUUGGAAGACUCGGUGAACGAAGUACCAAAGGACGACUCGUCUCAGUCACUCAUGCCAUCGGACGAGGCAGUGUCCACCGUCAAUCAGCUGACGCUUCGUUCCGUUCAACCAAUGGCCAAUUCCCUUCAGUCCAUCCAGUCGAUUCAGCAACAAGUCUCCCAGCAACAAUUUCAAAAGCUGCAGCCCGCGAUCCCAUCCCUUCCCUCUCUUGAACCUAUUCAUGGCAUGGAGACGUCCUUGAAAGCUCUAGCAGACGCCAGCAACAUCACUUUGGAGGCCCUUGAAACUGCCAUUUUGUUGAGGCAGCAACAGCUGAUGCAGAAGCAACAGGGACCCACGACGACCACCACCACAACCACCACGACCACCCAUGCUCCUAUUAAGAGCAAGAACAAUUACGCGGGGGCGACCAAAGUCAUGAACGCGCCUCGGGAGUAUUAUCCUGUGGGGUAUGACAAGAAUUUCGACGACAACUUUGCCAGUCGGGUCGACCUUCCUGAAACGAGCUUUUAUUGCGGCGAUCAGAAACACUUCCCUGGUCUUUAUGCCGACGAGGAUCUGGGAUGCAUGGUUUUCCACGUGUGCGCUCUGACGGACGAUGGACUGAUCAUGAAGAGUUUUCUAUGCCCAGAGUCUACUCUCUUUGAUCAAACUAUCUUGAAGUGCAAUUGGUGGUUCUACGUCGAUUGCAAGACUUCAAAGUCACUGUACGACAGCAACAUUCCUAUCAGCAAGAGUUAUCAGCUCAUGAAGGCGUUGGCGUUCUUCUCGGCGUACAAAAAUCACGACAAUGGAACCGCCGAGGCGACCAAAAGCGACAAAUCUUGAAAGUCGGAAAGAUGUAGAAGGUUCCUUGACGAGAUUUUAGUCCCAGGGAAGGUUUCAUGUCGGAUUAUGUUUUCUGUUAAGAAACCUCGAAUGGCGGUAGGACGCCCUUUGGUUUCCGACGAUGUAAGAGAAAAGUACUUGAGCAAGUUUUGCUCACCGGGUUCGAAGGUGCGAAUCGCUCGUAGAAACGGCGAUUCGAUCUCCAAUUAACCCGGUAUCUAAUCAAAACGAGGUUUUCGCACCUGUGGUACUAUCGCUAAAGAAUAAUUAGUGACAGUCUCACGAGUUACGGCGAUGCUUAAAAAGAUCUAGUUUAUCAUAAGACCCCGCUCAGGGCCUUGCCUUAAACGUAAGAGUGUACAUAUAUUUAUUUAAAUAGAUUUUAAGUUACGUCGAAUACCUUCUAGAGGUUGAUUAAAAAUAUUGACAAAGGUAUUGCAAAGGUUUGCGACGUUCGGCAUGAUUGGUGCGGUAGAAUCAGAAAUAGAAAUAACGAAUAUGCAUGGCACGUCGUGUAUUAAUAAUUUUUUAAAUCCAGACGGGAAAUAUGCGACGUUCGUGGCGUGAUUAAAAGGGGAUUUAAGUUUUAUACGAAAAGAAGUAUGUAAUCUUUCGGGACACGGGACGAUAAGCUGUCGCUUUGAACUACCUUUGUCGAGGUCACUUUGUAAAUAGUUGAUACGUCUUGUUGAAUUGUUAAUUUUUCAUACAAACUGCGUUGACGCUGCGUUUACUACCCUGUACGUACCUCUCCGUUGAAUACCUUCUACGUCGUUACAGUAACGAAUAGUUAAACGAUUUUGUGAUAAAUAUUUAUCGACACUCGUUACCUCGACGUGGUAUCGGGUUUUCAGGAUUUCUGUUCAACGUUGAAACGGGAGUAACAGAUAAGCACUUCUUUCCGAAACCUUAGCGAUAAGGUGGAGAUACCUGCACAUCGUUGGCACGCGAAAAAUUCUGUAACUUAUAAAUUUCCACUUUUAUGAAAA